AUGCUCAUCAAGGUCCGCACGCUCACCGGCAAGGAAAUCGAGCUCACCAUCGAGGGCGGCGAUACGGUUUUCAAGAUCAAGGAACUAGUUGAAGAGAAGGAGGGUAUCCCUCCGGCUCAGCAGCGUCUGAUCCACGGCGGCAAGCAAAUGCUCGACGACAAGACAGCCGACGACUACUCCCUCGUGGGAGGUGCCACGCUACAUUUGGUCUUGGCGCUCCGUGGCGGGCUAUGA